AUGCGUUGGAUCCUGGACCUUCUGGGCGCCCGGGAAGGCUGCCGGUAUGACCAUAUGGGACAAGAGUUCCUCACCCACGGCGUGUGGGAUCAGGAGUGUUCCGAGCACCCAGCGAACGUGCGCUUCCACAACCACAUCAGCGGCAAAGCGCUGCUGGAGCUGCGUGCGGAGACCGCGCAAACGGGCGGCUUUCGGGGAGUGAUGACCAUUCGAAACCCCUUGGAGAUGGUCAUCUCCUCCUAUUGCUACCACCAUCGCGGCGCCGAGCCCUGGAACUCCAUCAGUGACGGAAUGGCCUCCAUGCAUCCCAAGGAUGGCGUGCCCGAGAUGGCCAGAAGGAUGCUGCCCGUCGUCUACAACAUGGUCCAAGCCUACCAGGUGACGAAGCCGGAAGUCUAUGUGAGCCGCUUCGAGAGAAUGACCGGUUCCUCGACCGGUUUCAAUCAAACCGUACAGGAGAUGUUGGACUUCCUCUUCGGCAACGAGGUCUCUGACAACUUCAAGCGCCGGGCACUGGACGCCGCGGUGCAUGAGGAUUUGAACCGCGGGGAGUUCGGCUACUCCUUCACCGUGCGGAGCCGAGGAUCCGUGGAUGAGGAGCUGCAGAGACCAAGUCCUGACAGAGUCCUCAGUGACCCGGUCGGGACCAAGGUGUUGAACGGACGACCCGAGAACCGCCGAGGGUCGUACGCCUCCCUCAUCUCAACGUCCGCCCGCGAGCGCACGGCACGCACCACGUGCACGGCGCAGCCCGACGGCGCCCCACCGGACGUGCCACGCCGCCCGGCCGCCGCUGCGCUGGCCGCGCUGGCGCUGGGCGCGAGAAGCCGCGCGAAAGCCACUGGUUUAGGGACCCGCGAGACCCCGACUGAGACUCGCUGGUUGCAGCAGCGAUUGGAAGCGUCCUCCUUGCAGAGACCCUCCUGGGGUCUCUUGGGCCAGGCCUUCCCAGCGUGGCUCUUUGGUGAGUGGGAGGUUUGCUCACGGCCUGUGGCCUUCGGCGAGCCUUUGGGGCCACGCUUCGUGGAUGAGAACACCCAGGCGGCGGUGCGUGAGGACCUGGCGCAGCGGGUGGAGCUGCGGUGGAAAGCUCGGUACUACUGGGAGUACUUGGAUGGUCCCGGAACCCUCGAAUUGCCCAGCGGCUUUCUGCUGGCCACCCCUGCCUUGGCCGCGGAGAAGCACGGUGGCACCGUGCAGUUCCGUGCCUUCAACGCAGGGGAGGAGCUCAAGGCGUUCUUGAAGCAGCGCCGGGCGCGCGUGGUGGCCGAUGCCGAUCCCCGGAUCCGACCCUUGCAGAUCAAGGUCUCCUUCCCCGUGGAAGAGGAGGAGGAGGAGUUGAUCCGGACGGUUUCUCUGAAGUUGGAGGCGUCGGCGUCGGCCACGUGCGACGAGGAGGGCGACGUCUUCGUGUCUUCGGAGCUCUUCCGCCAGGUGAUCUCCACCGAGGGUGAGAUCGACAGCGUGGGCCGCUUCGAAGUCUUGAACGACCCUCGACGGCAGACGGCGUCGUCCGGCGUCGUCGCGCUUCGCGGUGCUCGGUGCUCCACACGGUGCCGAGCUCGAGCUGAAGUGCCCGGGAAUCGGGUGGCGAAGUACCUCGUGCCGGAAGAUGAGCUCUACGAAGAGUCCCAGAACCAGGUGACGGACGGUGCGAUCGUCCCAGUGGCCGUGACCCUGGGAUGGGCCCAGAGAUCAGGAGAUCAUGUUUUGUAUGGGGGACGAGCUCAAUCCUUUGUGUCCCAGAACUUGGAUGCUUCAGUCAUCGACGCUCAUCGUCGCUAG